AUGCGGAGUCUGGAGGUGGCCAGAGAAAGCUGGCAAGAGCUGAAGCAAUACUCUUCCCUGCGCGACCUCAAGGAUGCUGUCCGCUUGGAGUCCAAUUCUUCGGCGGCAACUACAGGCCUGCGCUCUGUCUGCUGGAAGACAUUCCUCCUCUUCGACGACAGCCUAGAAAGCUCUGAGUGGCUGCGUAUCCUGGCUGCUUCAAGGUCUGCAUACAACUCUCUCAGACAACACUUCUUCCGCUUCAUCGACAACCCUGACGAUGUCGGUGCUCAAUUUGACCCAUUGAGCCAGGAUGCUGAGUCAUCUCCAUGGGCUCAGGUACACAAAGAUGAAGAAUUGCGCGCAGAGAUCUUGCAGGAUGUCGAGCGGUGUAUGCCAGAGACGCCAUAUUUCCGGCAGCCUGAAACGCAGCGAAUACUGCUGGACGUGCUCUUCAUAUUCUGCAAGCUGAAUCCCGAUGUCGGCUACAGGCAAGGUAUGCACGAGAUCGCAGCACCGAUUCUUUGGGCGAUCGAGAACGAUGCUAUCGAUAUCGGUGAGGGCAGCAAGACCAUGGGUGAAGACAGCACCAUCAAGGCCAUCUUUGAUGCGGACCAUAUCGAGCACGACACAUUUGCGAUCUUUGGCCAGGUGAUGCAGAGCGCGAAGACUUUUUAUCUAUCUGAAGGCCCUGUAUCCAUUGCUGCAAGAAGUCGCCACAUCUUCAAUGAGCUCUUGCCGCAGGUUGACCCUGAACUCAUGAAGCAUCUCGAAGGCCUUGACAUUCCUCCCCAGGUUUUCCUCAUCAGAUGGAUCCGGCUACUCUUUGGCCGUGAAUUUGACUUCGAUAACGUUCUCGCCCUUUGGGACGUCAUCUUCGCCGAGGAUUCAUCCCUUGAGCUUGUUGACCACAUAUGCCUGGCAAUGCUUCUGCGGAUUCGUUGGCACCUUUUAGACACUGACUAUAAUGGCGCCUUGGGUCUCUUGUUGCGUUACCCCGAGCAGGACAAAGACUUCCCCGCGCAGACCUUUGGGCUUGAUGCAAUUUACUUGCGCAAUCACAUGAACAAGGAGGGGGGCAGCUAUCUAGUACUGAAGUACACAGGUAGACCGCUGUCCUCAGGUCGACCUACGACACCUCCAGCUUUGCAGAGGAACAUAACGACUUUCUCUGGAUUGAAUGCCGCACGAAAGACCGGACUCUCGCCGCCUCGAACUCCUGGGAAACCACGAAACAUUGAGGCUAUACUCCAGAACACGGCGAAGAAUAUUUACGCACGAGGAGAGAAACUGGGCAUUGGGAAAGCAGUUCGAAACGCAGUUGAUGAAGUCCACAAAAAGGCCCAGGAGAUCCGUGAUUCCCAAACCCCAUCUACACCGCCGUGGCGUCGGCCGGGUACUGCACAUUCGUUCGAAAAGCUGAAGCACCUUGAGUUACGUAACAAGAGGCUUGCAGAGCUACUGUCUGGUACUGUGAAUGAGCUUUGGGAGUAUCAAAAGCUGGUGACAGAGGACGAGAAGGGCGAAAGCCACGCUCGGGAGAGCGAGACAGUGGAGAAACUGAGCACUGCGAUAGCGAAGGUGCAAUUCGUGCAGGUCUACCUUGAAGAGCCAAGCCUGUCGUUGCCUCAAGACGAUGUGCCGGCGAAGGACGACCUAGAUGCGAGCGAACUCCAGGAGACAGCGCCCGACAGCGCUUCUAAGGGCAGGUCUCUGGUCAAGCCUUCGACCGAACCCGAUGUUGCAUCGACUACAACAAGCGAUCUCACGCUUACUCACAAUACGAGAGGGCUUGCAGAUCCGGACACGUUCGAGGACUUCUCAGAGCCCUCUAUCUCAUCAUACAAGGCACGACCCGCUACGACAGUUCCAGAAGACACAGAGACACGAACCGCAGAAUCGAAUAUCCCAAGCACAGACGCAGAGCAUGCGACAGAUGGAGCUAGUGAAGCAACCGCUUCUCGACCAAGACUUGAGCAAAGCCAAUUCUCUUUCAUGCUCGGUCAAGAGACUAGCCAAGAUGCACCAAGCGUUCUGUCAACUCCUCCCCAAGCGCAGAAGAAGACGCAUGCCUCCAUAUUUGGAGAGGAAGAGCGAAGCCGGAGCACUUCUCGAACUCCAUCAAGGCAAGCUAACGAGAGCCCUUUCCAAGAUCCAGGCACCACAGAGGGCGAUUUUGACAUGGGCAGCUUGAGAAGGGCCAAAGGCUCACGAAAAUGA